AUGGCACUCCUGCAAUCACUACUUCACUUUACCAAUUUUAAGAAUCCCUUGCUGCGAACGCUGGUACCUUCCGUCUCUACCGCCUAUGCAAUACAACUGGUUUUUGCCGUCCCCUCAAUCAUUGCCCAGAAUGAACACUUUUAUGACUUCUCUGGAUCUUUGACCUUCCUGUCGGUCACCGCUCUGAGCCUCUACCUACCAUCUCUUCGUGCCAAGUACUCGUCCACGACUACGAAUGCCUCAGCCGUACUUCCCAGCCUGCUAGCGCCCUUCGUCAACCCUAGCGGCGCAGGAGCUCUGAACUGGAGACAAGUCAUGCUCAGUGGUGCUGUUAUGUUCUGGGCCGUUAGACUGGGAUCCUAUCUCUUCCAGCGCAUCCUGCAAGAGGGCAAAGAUUCGCGCUUCGAUGAAAUAAAAAAGUCGCCAACUAGGUUUGCGGUAGCCUUUUUCGCCCAGGCGACCUGGGUUUCUCUGUGUCUACUUCCUGUCAUCACCCUAAACUCUGUACCUGGAGUGGCGUUUGCCGCUCUGCCCUCGAUCAAGGCCUCUGAUGUUCUCGGCUUGCUCGCCUACUUUGGUGGGUUUGCAUUCGAAAUCACAGCUGACCGGCAAAAGAGUAAAUGGUUACGCGAAAGACGAGAGAAGGCUCACGAUGAGCAGUUUAUGACCCGAGGACUCUGGAGCGUCAGCCAAUAUCCCAACUACUUUGGAGAGAUUUCCCUCUGGGCCGGUAUUGCUACCGCUGCUGCCGGCGUCCUGGUAACACGGCCAAUCCAGACGGCUCUCGGUCUAUCUGGUGGCGUUGCUGGGCCACUGCUCACCACGGCCAUGUCCUAUGUGAGCCCUGCCUUUGUUUCUCUUCUUUUGCUCAAAGUUUCGGGUGUGCCAAUGAGCGAAAGCAAAUACGACAAACGCUAUGGUGACCGCAAGGAUUAUCAAGAGUGGAAGAAGAACACGCCCAAACUGGUCCCCAAGAUAUUUUAG